GCGUGCUUGCACUUCAUAACCACCCACACACACACACACUCCUAAGUAUUACUCAGGAAGGAUGGUCGCCGUACGCGCUAAGGUCGGCUCCCGUAGCUUCAUCCGCCAGAAGACGCUGCCGAAGGGGAAGAAGGUCUUCAAGAUUGACUGCAGCGUGCCGGUGACGGAUGGCAUCUUCAGCGAGGAUAUCCUGCGCAGUUUUGAGCAGUUCUUCCACGACAACACCAAGCUGAACGGCCGUAAGGGAAAGCUCGGUGAGAAGGUCCGCAUCGCCGUGCGCGAUAACACGCUCAGCGUGGUCACCACCAUGGCGUACCGCAAGAAGUACUUCAAGUACCUCGCGAAGAAGUUCCUCAAGAAGAAGGAACUCCGCGAUUGGCUCCGCAUUCUGUCGAACGGCAAGAACAGCUACCAGUUGAAGUACUUCAACAUCCAGGAUCAGGAGGAAUAAAAGUGAAGAGGCUGUACGCAUAUCAGAAUUCGAAGAUUCUGUGUUUUCUUGUUAUUUCAGCUUAAAAUAUACUAAAAUUCUUUUCUACAGUGUAACUGCGGAGGAAAAAA